AUGGUCGAGAAGAGGAAGAGCCAGGCAGUUGCCAAUGCGCCCGUCAAAAAGAGGAAGAAGGCUCCCGCCAAAUCCUCCAAGACCUCAAAGCCGAAGCGCGUCGUCGAUGCCAACUCACUGCCAUGGAAGUCCGUUGAACUUCCCGAGAUGUUCAAUGAUGCCGAGGGCUUCUAUGGCCUCGAGGAGAUCACAGGCGUCGAAGUUGUGCGCAAUGGCAACGUAGUCAAGUUUGUUACCACUGACGAUUACCCUACCGCUAAUGAAGCCGAUGGCGACGACUUCGAAGGCUUCGACGAUGAACCUGUGACGUCCACCACGCAUGAGGAGCACGACGCCCCCUCCCCCUCGGAAUCCGAUGCGACAGCACCCACCAAGAGCGAUGACAAAACCGAAGCUGCGAAGGAGACGCAACAGACACAAAAAAAGGACAAGAAACAGAAGAAGAAUAAAGGCGGUGCAACUCAGCCAGAGAAGGAUAAAGAACUAGAGAGCAACGUAUUUGCGUCGGCUGGUGAUGCUGCCGCUGACGAUGCUGGGGAGGAUGUCGACAUGUCGGCUUGGGCGCCCCUUGACUUGUCUCCGCAGAUGAUCGCCUGCCUCGCAAAGCUCAAGUUCUCAAAACCCACGGACAUACAGGCGGCGGCGGUACGUAAAAUCACAACUGGGCACGACGUGAUCGGCAAGGCCUCGACUGGAUCCGGAAAGACGCUGGCGUUUGCGAUACCUAUCGUCGAGGCGUGGCUUUCCAGGCAGGAAGAGGGCAAGUCCGGGGAGAACAAGUCACCGAUAGGCUUGAUCAUGUCCCCAACUAGAGAACUUGCCCACCAGAUUACAAAUCACAUCAAAGCGCUGUGCGGAGGGCUCACGACACCACCCUAUAUCUGCUCGGUGACGGGUGGUCUGUCGGUGCACAAGCAACAACGGCAGCUCGAAAAGGCAGAUAUCGUGAUCGGAACUCCUGGUCGUUUGUGGGAAGUCCUGAGUUCAAGCAGCGCCUUGCUAGACUCGUUCAAGACAGUCAAUUUCCUGGUGGUGGACGAGGCUGAUCGUCUCCUCACGGACGGUCAUUUCAAGGAGGCAGAAGAAAUUCUGAAGGCCAUCGACAGAGUCGAGGUUGAUGAGGACGACGAGGAGCCGGAGCUCUUCCCAAGACAGACACUGGUGUUUUCUGCUACGUUUAACAAGAAUCUCCAGCAGAAGCUGGCAGGCAAGGGCAAAUCCAACCUGAUGGAUGCGCAAGAAUCCAUGGAGUACUUGUUGAAAAAGUUGAACUUCCGAGAAGAGAAGCCCAAGUUCGUCGAUGUCAACCCCGUGGCACAGAUGGCUCAAGGACUCAAGGAGGGUCUGGUGGAAUGUGGUGCGAUGGAAAAGGAUCUAUAUCUAUACUCUCUCAUUCUCCUCCAACCAACACAACGCAUUCUAGUCUUCAGCAACUCCAUCGGCUCUGUGCGCCGCCUGUUACCCAUGUUUCAAAAUCUUAACCUCCCAGUCCACGCCCUCCACUCGCAGAUGGCCCAAAAGGCCAGAUUACGCUCCGUCGAGCGCUUUACCAGCGCCAAACCAGGCACACACUCCAUCCUCCUCGCCACAGACGUUGCCGCCCGCGGCCUCGAUAUCCCGGGCAUCGACGUGGUGAUCCACUACCACGUGCCGCGCGCGGCAGACGCCUACGUGCACCGGUCUGGGCGAACGGCGCGCGCGGCGCAGUCGGGCUUGAGUGUGUUGCUAUGCGCGCCGGAGGAGGUGGUGUCGACGCGGCGGCUGAUCGCCAAGGUGCACGCGACGGCGCGGCCCGGGUCCGGGCUGAGCCGCAAGAGCGACUUCUUCAUCCGCACCAUCGACGUGGACCGGCGGCUGGUGAACCGGCUCAAGGAGCGGGUGACGCUGGCGAAGCGCAUCGCCGACGCGCAGCUCGCCAAGGAGAAGGGCAGCAAGGAGGACGACUGGAUGCGCAACGCCGCCGAGGAGCUCGGCGUCGAGUACGACUCGGAGGACCUCGAGCAGAUGGGCAAGUGGGGCGGGCGCGGCAGCGGCCGCAAGGCCAAGCAGGACGAGGCGAGAGCGCUGUCCAAGGCUGACCUCGGCGCCCUGAGGGCCCAGCUGCGCGAGCUGCUGUCGAAGCGGGUCAAUGCUGGUGUUAGUGAGAAGUAUAUCGCGGGCGGCGGCGUGGAUAUGGAUGAGCUGUUGAAGGAAGGCGUGAAGGGAAACUUCCUUGGGAAGGUUGACGGGCUGGAAUUGGAUGAUUGA